AUGACACGUUUUUCAGCACAAUUUGCAACUCUAAAUCCAUCAAUUACAACAAUAAUGGGACGUGGUAGAGAUCAUAAAGAUCAUUGUAAGGUUGCUGUUAGUACAACAGAUCGUUGGUUAGGAAAUUGUAUUGCGAGAUGUUUGUUGAUGGAUUGCAAAAAAAGAAAUGUAACUAUUCGUUGUUUGGCGCAAAAUACCGAUUCAAGACAUGUAAAAAAAUUGGAGCAUUUAGGUGGUGAAAUUCAUAAAAUUAAUUAUGAUCGUAGCGAGUCUAUAGAAGAUGCUCUACAUGGUUGUGACUAUUUAGUUUUUGUUAGCGAGAUUGAUCGGGAUCGCGUCAAGAAAGCCAAAAUUUUAGCUGAUGCCUCCAGGAAAGCUGAUUGUCUUAAUUCAAUUGUUAUGUCAAUCGAAGGUGUUGAUAAAGGUCAUGGCGAACUCUUUGUUGAAUUCAGAGAAAUUGAAAAAAUAUUUGAAGAUAGAAUCAAGAAUAAUUGUAUUUUAAGAUGUGCUUUCCUUGAUCAAUUAGAACGUGGUAAAAUUAACAUGAUACAACGUGAAGAUGACGAAUGGGCGCCAUUACACUUGGAUGACCUUUGCUGCUCAGUUAUCGACAUAAUGACACACGAAGGGAAAAUCCAAAACGAAUUGACAAGAAGACAUUGUCACAAAACCUACACGUUAACCGGACCUGAAUGCAUAAGCGGCAAAGAUAUCGUCGGAAUAAUCAAUCGUGUCACACAUCAUCGUGGUGUUCUCGACUACGAACAAGUCAGUAGGCGUGAUUUGGAAGAGUACUUGAAAAGUUUGGAAGGCGAUGAUUAUGAACGAGAUUUUUACAAUGAAAAUGAGGAACGUCAUUUGUUACAACGCGAGUGUGUCUACUUGUUACAACGUUGUUUGGCAGAUUUUCAAACUGGAUUUGCCGAAUUGUUAAGAAGUAGUCAACGAUCAUUGGAGAAUGGUAGAAAUUUAUUUAAUGAAGGUGUUGACAGACUCGAGACUGGAAUUAACUUGAUUGUCAGGCGAGGCGUAGUUGGAGGCGAUAUUUUUGACUGGAGAGAAAUUAACCUGGAUGGAUUGGAAGAAGUUGCUAAUAGAAUAAAACGUAGCGGAAUUGAACAAAUCCAAGUUUUGAAUUCGGAAAAUCGUAUGAUCGUUUUGGAUGAGGUUAAAAACUGCAUUGAAAUGCUUCAAGUCUGUAUACCAAGUAGAAUUUUCAAUUUCAAUACGUUAGAUCAUAAACAUCGUCGUGGACAUUAUCCUCGUCCUUUCCUUCCGUUGAAUCGUAUUCAAGUUGACAUGAUUUGCGAUUAUUUGGAAUACAUCAAACAUGGUAAUGCAGAACAAACUGAUGAUGUUCAUAAAAUCACGGGACAAUCUCCUACCAGUAUUAAAAUAUUCUUUGAGGAUAACUCCGAUGCUUUCCGUCCUCCCCGUGACAGGCUUGAUUUCAAAAUGAACAAUAACAACAACAGUAUGACAAAUGCCGGUAAACGAUUGGUCCAGCAACAACGUAAGCAACAACAAAGAGGUCGUGGUGAAAGCACUAGUGAUGAUAGUUUAGAUGGUGGCAAUAGAAAUAAAAGUGGUAGAAAUUAUUAUAACGAGAAUAUUGAUUAUAUUCGUAGCAGAUUAUAA